UGAUCCGUUCUAGUGGUGAUCCAUCCGGAAAGAUUUAUGAAGGGUACUGCACCGAAAACUUCCGAACGUAUAUACUGACUCGCUAGUCGUCUGAGUUAGGAAAUCUUUUCACUGGUUACCAGAAACUCAGCAGGAAAUCCGAUUUGCAAAAAAAGAAAAAAAUGAAAGGAAUAGAAGUAGAUUAUAUUUAUAGCUAGAGUUAGGGUUUCCUUGAUUCUGGGUUUUCCACUUUUUUCCUCCUUUUGUAAAGGGAAAUUUAGAAAAAUUAAAUUAUUUUAAUUGUUUUUUUGUAAAGGAAUUUAGAAAGAGUAAAUGGCAGAUGGUUACUGGAAUCGGCGACAGCCAAAUCCUCCGAUGCUCUCUUCUGGUGGGAUGCUUAAACGACCACGUACUGAUUACGAUGCUCCGCCCUUUGGACCACGUUCAGCCCUUGAGAUGCCUAGUUAUUUGGCAAGAGAUGAUGAUCAUGGUGGACAUCUGUCUGUGAGGGAUACAAACUCUAUUGGAUCAGCAUAUGAUCGUUAUCUCCAGAGUGCAAAACUUUCUUCUUUUACUUCUGGAGAAGCUAGUGCAUUUGGUGGGUCAGGAAGGGCUGUUGGUGGUGCAAUGCCUGUUCAUCCAAUAGCUGAUCCUCCCCUGAUGGGUCGUCUUGGAUCUGCUGCUCCAGAUCUGUCACCAAAUGGUCAUAAUAUCGGUUAUAGUGGUCAACAUCCAGUGGAUGCAAUUGCAAGGCCAGGGCGAGAUACUGUUCCUCUCCCUCCUGAUGCUUCCAAUACUCUAUAUGUUGAGGGAUUUCCUCCUGACAGCACAAGGAGGGAAGUAGCUCAUAUCUUUCGCCCUUUUGUUGGAUAUAAAGAAGUACGGUUAGUGAGCAAAGAACCCCGACAGCGUGGUGGAGAUCCUAUUCUCCUUUGUUUUGUUGAUUUUUCAAGUCCUGCCUGUGCAGCAACUGCAAUGAGUGCCUUGCAAGGUUAUAAAAUGGAUGAACAUGACCCAGAUUCUAACUACUUGAGGCUGCAAUUUUCUCGGUACCCUGGCCCAAGGUCAGGUCCUGGAACUCGUGGAAGGAGCCUUGACAUACGACAUCAUUCAAGCUAAAAACAAGGGACCUCUUUCCAAAGCUUAUAAAGAUAAUGGAGAAACCAAUUUACAUUCAGGUGAUUUGCUAUUUUGAUGUAGUUGUUGAUUGUUCUUUAGUCUCGCUGCCAUGAACAAACGAGGAAUUGAUUUGCUCCUUGGCUUCUCAUACUUUUGGAUCUUCAUACUCUACUUGUAAAAUUCUCGGUCCAUUGACAGGCCAUAACCCUUUUCCUGCAAAGCAAUCCUCCAAUGCUUGAACACAAAUCUUGGGAUCCUCAACAGUUUCACGGUCAAUGCAGAGUGCAAGUAGCAUUCUUUUGUGUAUUGUUCACUAUAUAUCUUGUUUCCAGCAAUUGGGAGAAGCAGAGCUGAUAAUAUUAAGAGCAAAAUCUGUAGUUGAUUCUCUGCUUCGAAGCAACAGUUGUUAAUAGUAACACAAAACCUUUUCCUUUUCCCCAUUAGACUAGAUGAAUCAAA